CAAAUUACAAACAUUAACACAACUGAACAACCCACUCACCAAUGCGUUUCAGUCUGCUACUCGCUCCAGUCAAACAUUGGAGGUGGUCAUUGAAUUGUUUUUUUAAAUCUAGAAAAUCAGGCGCUCUAACAACAAUAAAGUCACUACUAACAGAAUUCAUGUGAUAAUAAUUUGAGAAUCCAGAAAAAAAAAGUUUAUGCUUGCGCUCUCAUUGCUUUUGUUCAAAUGCCAGUCCAUUGUCUGGACACUACAGUAGCAAAUGUCUGACUCGACCUUUUAGAUGAGAACAUACCAUCAGGUGGCGCAAAGGGAUAUGUGACGAAUUUUUAAUAUUAAAGUCAUUAAUUUAUUUACAUGGCGAGAGGGAAGAACCAGCAUCAUGUUGGGAACGGGAAUACAUCAUACAAUAGCAUUUAUCAGCUCCAUUUAAGAUCAGCACGGUGAAAAUCCGUGGAUGACAGGAUCUAUAGCACAGCCUGAGGAGAAAUUUAACUGAUUAAUAAGGAGGACGGACAGUGAUUCCGCUGAGUGUAUCCUAGUCAUUGAUUUCGUCUUUCUGAAGAGCGAUUUUCGACUGCACGACUUGCUGUAUAUACUAUAGACUAUAUUCCCCCUGAAGAUGCAGUUUGGGGAACGGAAGAGGAGAAGGAAGUCACAGAGCUUUAAACUGGUCACGGAUGAAGCUUUUGACCCUUCAUAUAUGAUGAAUUCCAGCUGUAAAGAUGCCAAUGGAGAGACUGAGGCUGCUGCUGUGCCUGAUGUUUGGGUCAGGGACGAGGGGAUGGAGAUCAAGAGGCAAAUCACAGGAAUGAUGAGGCUUCUGAGUGAUAAGACCGGCAGGGUAUAUCAGCGUGUGGGAACAGAGCAGGACAGCUUAACAAAGGAGCCCCAGGAUAGGCAUCUGACCUGGGUACAUCAGCUUGCACCUUCAUCUCUUGUAUCAGAGGAGCACCAGAGCAACAGCUGGAACUCCGCAGGGGACCCAGGGCCUUCACCUUCAUCCAUAUCCACCCCCAUCCCCAACGGUCCAGGCUGUGGCCAGUACAGCACCCGCUCCAAAGCCAUGAGGAUCCUCAACAAUACCAAGGAUCUGAUCAAAGUGAAUGAAGCUAACGCAGAUGUAGUCCUUCCUGCUGUACCAGAAACCUCCUGCUGCAUGUGUAACUGUAAGGGCACCUUGCAGGCUAUUUUGCAGGAACUGCGUGCCAUGAGGAGGCUAAUGCAGACUCAAAAAGCAUCCUUGGAAAGACAGGAACAGGCGGCAUCACCAUGCCAACCUCGUCUUGGUCCAGGCCCCGCUCCUCGCUGUAGGCCCCGCAAGAGGAGGCCGAUCUAUAAAGUGACACCAGUGACUGUGUCUAGUACCAGAAGCGCUGCUCUUACCCCCCUGGAGGCAUCACCACUUAUAGCUGCACCUGCGGAAUCUGGAAAGAGGGAGGAAUGUGAGAAAGAGCAAGACUCAUCUACACCCAACAGUCAGCGUGUCUCCUCUGAGGUUUCUGUGCUGCCACCUCAGAAUAAUCCAGUAACUGUGAACAACACACAUAAUCCUCUCCUGAACCAACUAAGGGAACCUCAGUCGUUAGAGUCUGAGGUGCGUCUUGCAGAGGAUCAUGAUGUGUAUAUCUCAAAAGCUCAGCUAGACUCCAUUCUGGUCAACUAUACACGCUCUGGCAGCCUGCUGUUCCGGAAACUGGUGUGUGCCUUCUUUGACGAUGCUACCCUGGCUAACUCCUUACCAAAUGGUAAAAGGAAGAGAGGGCUCAAUGAUAACCGUAAGGGCUUGGACCAGAACAUUGUGGGUGCCAUUAAAGUGUUUACAGAGAAAUACUGCACUGAACACAGAAUAGAGAAGUUACCCGGGCCACGAGACUGGGUUCAGAUCCUUCAAGAUCAGAUCAAACUUGCCCGGAGGAGGCUGAAACGAGAUGCUGCAGAAGCAGAAGAAGUCUUAAAUGGACCUUCCACAAGCUGCAACUAUAACAAGCUUGCAAGUGUGGAGGGGACAGUGGUGAACAUGACUGGUUGAUUCAAGGGCUGCCACAAUGGCCUUACAGCAGAUUUGUUGAUUGUCUUCAUUACUUCUCUAACUUGAUGCAUUUUGCCACUUUAGAUAUUUCCUUUGCAGUUGUAAUCUGCUCUGUGUUAUGGAUGUAAAGGGAAAAAAACAAUGGAACCAAAUGAAGAAGGAGCCUGCUUAAUGAUAUCCUCUCUCUCUCUUUCUCUCUCUCUUUCUCUCUCUCUCUCUCUCUCUCUCUCUCACACACACACACACACACACACGCACACACACAGACACAUACACAGACUGCACCUUUUGUGGUCCUUAAGACUUUUCAAUGGACACAUACUGGGAUCUGGAAUUUUGUGCCAAUAGACACUGAACUAAACAGUGGUUAAAAAAUGUCAGGUCAUUUUCAUGUUUAAAAGGGACUUACUGUUUACAUUAUAGGCUACAGCUUUAAAAGCAUGCUUGCCUAGUUCUCAUAUGUCAAUACUAGGAUGAGUCACAAGUCUAAAAUGAGACAAAGUACUGUAACAGUAUAGCAUUCAUAUAUUUUGCACAAAUUACUUUUUACGGGAAGUUGUCCAUCGUGGAUUGUGCCUUUUAAGUGACCAGUACUUCAGUGGGUGUAAUGUGCAGUACAGCAUCCACCUCAGCUACAAAUAUUACAUCCAAAAGUAAAUAUCUGAUGUAUUUUUGGCAAAUUUUGCUAAUUAAAAAUAGAUUGAUAGGCUACAUCUGGCUGACAAUAUCAAAAUAUACAGUAUUCUAUGAAUAGUUGUUUCGUUUCAUUAUUAGAAUCUCUAGGUUAUGCAUAACCAGUGCUAUUGUUGUUAAUAUUGUGAUGUAAUCACAGCAUUUUUCUUUCCUUUCUGUUCACUGUGCAUAUGAAAUGAAUAGUUGUUUCCACCAUUAAAUAUGGUUUCUUGACAUUGA